GACGCCAAGUUGACGCUCAACGUCACUAAGCUGCGCCGGAAAAUUCUAUUUUGGUGAUGUCUUUGCUCUACGCCUGCCUUCUCCCGGCACCGUAAGCUCUACAGGGAUAUGAGCCGAAAGAGGCAUAGUCUGGUCCAGGAGACCUUUGGAUUGAAGAGGCGUCGGGAGCGAGGCCCCACGGAGGCAGAUCCUUUGAGGGGCGAGUCAGGGUCGGCGCGUGCCGCCGUGGCGGAGCUGGUGCAGCUGUUCCCGCGGCGUCUGUUCGAGGAUGUUCUGCCACCCAUUGCGCUCAGGAGCCAAGUGUACAGCCUUGUGCCGGACCGGACAGUCGCUGACCGGCAGCUGAAGGAGCUUCAAGAGCAGGGGGAGAUCAGAAUCAUCCAGCUAGGCUUCGACUUGGACGCCCAUGGAAUUGUCUUCGCCGAGGACUAUAGGACCAGAGUCCUCAAGGCCAGCGAUGGCCGGCCGUAUGCUGGGGCAGUACAGAAGUUUCUCACUUCCGUGCUUCCAGCCUGUGGGGACCUAAGUUUCCAGCAGGACCAAAUGACACAGACCUUUGGCUUCAGAGACUCAGAGAUCACGCAGCUGGUGAACGCUGGCGUCCUCACGGUCCGAGAUGCUGGGAGCUGGUGGCUAGCGGUGCCUGGAGCUGGGAGGUUCAUCAAAUAUUUUGUUAGAGGACGCCAGGCUGUCCUUGGGAUGGUCCGGAAGGCCAAAUACCGAGAGCUGCUCCUUUCAGAGCUCCUGGGCCGCCGGGCACCUGCCGCGGUGCGACUUGGCCUCGCCUACCACGUGCACGACCUCAUUGGGGCCCAGCUGGUGGACUGUGUCUCCACCUCUUCUGGAACCCUCCUCCGCCUGUCAGAAACGUGAGGAUUGUGCGUGUUGUUGCUCACCUCCCCUGAGCGGGCUAUGGAGCGCCCAUCAGUGGCCGAGACUGGUCACCUUGGGAAGGACAGGCGCCAGUAUGAGGCGCACUUGCAUCCGUGCAGAGGGCCAAGCGUGACUGUACUGUUUACCUGGGCUCUGACCCGGGAUGGGGUGUGGGCAGUGCUUUUCUGCCCUCCAUGGCAAUAGAGCCGAAACCGUUUCAAGGCCACAGCUACUGCUUUCAUGCAGCAAGGUGCUGCUGCUAUUGUGUUGGGAUAGGAAAGUGGGGUGUCCGGGGUAGCUGGUAAAGGAGCAUGGGGCUCUCUUCUUGAAGUGUUGGGUUCAAACUGCCAAAUAAAAUACU